UCCUCUCCCCCUCUCCCUCCCCCGAAUAUUCUCUCUCCUCUACUCGAAUAUUCUCCGCUCCCUUUCCCCUUCCCCUCCCCAUCAUCAUAUCACCUACUCUGCUCCUCCUCCCCGUUCCAUCCCAUCCCAUCCCAAAUCUAUCCAUCGUUUCCUAUCUGUAUCUUCCGGUAGGCCGUCACAUCGACUUUUUCUGGAGAUGAAGUUUGGGAAGAGCCUCAGCAACCAGAUCGAGGAGACGUUGCCGGAGUGGAGGGACAAAUUCUUGUCCUAUAAGGAGCUCAAGAAGCGCCUCAAGUUAAUCGGCGGCGGGGAUCGGCCGGCCAAGAGGCCCAGGCCGGCCAAUGAUGAUGGGAGCUCGGAGGUGGCGAUCACGCCGGAGGAGGAGGGUUUCUUGACGCUUUUGGAAGCCGAGCUCGAGAAAUUUAACGCCUUCUUCGUCGAGAAGGAGGAGGAGUACAUCAUCCGCCAGAAGGAGCUGCAGGACCGAGUAGCUCGAGCGGGGUCCGAGGAGGAGCUAAUGGAAGUGAGGAAGGAGAUCGUGGAUUUCCACGGAGAGAUGGUCCUCCUAGAGAACUACAGCGCCCUCAACUACACUGGGCUGGUGAAAAUACUAAAGAAGUAUGACAAGAGGACAGGGGCUCUCAUCCGGCUACCCUUCAUCCAGAAGGUGCUCCAGCAGCCAUUCUUCACCACCGAUCUGCUGUACAAGUUGGUGAAGGAGUGUGAGUCCAUGCUUGACAGCCUCUUCCCUAAGAAUGAACAACCCUCGGUGUCGGUGGAGGACGACGGGGAGGGAGAAGGUGGUGGAGAGGAGAAGCCAUCGAAACCGGGUUCAUCUUUGGUCAGAGUGGGGAUUCCAGAGUUGGAAGAGAUAGAAUACAUGGAGAGCUUGUACAUGAAGAGCACUGUCGCAGCAUUGCGCGCGUUGAAAGAGAUCAGAAGCGGGAGUUCCACCGUCAGCGUUUUCUCGUUGCCACCAUUGCAGAGCAGCGGGCAGGAGGAGAGGUGGAAUGAGAUCCCUGUGGUUGAACAAGUGGCGAAAUGAUCGUAAACUCUGUUCCUGGAUCGUUAGCUUCAGUAAUUCUUGCUUCGGUUUUGACCGGAGAUGGGACCAUGAUCUCCCUUCUCUCUCUCUCUUCUUUUCUCGAUUUUUCUGCUUAUGUGGUUACCUGUAUUAGAUGCAAGAUUUCUAACAGAUGUAAAAUGUCAGAAAUCCAUAUGCACGUGGCAGAAUCUGAGAAUAGUUUUAUGACUUGUCAUUCCCCUGA